ACCUGUGAUAAACACUUGGAGAUUUCAUCAGAGAAUCGACAGAGGACUUUCCGUCUUUUCCGCCCUCGUUGAGAAAGAAAAUUGCUCUGCCAAUACGAGCGCAAUCCAGUCCGAAACACCGACCGGCUGGUCGAGCUGCGACAAGUGUCGGGACGACAUGAGGCUCAUGCAGCGGCUAGCGAUCAGCGGACUGCUGUCCGUGAUCUUCAUCCUGUUCCUGACGGGCGCGUUCGUCACGCGACGCGAGAAUAUCGUCGGCGUCGCAGUCGCCGAUCGGGGCGUCGCGCCUGAAGAGCGCAGCAAGCACCCGAAUCCGGCCUGGGUGCAGGACAACGCGGUGCCCGGUCAGGACGAGCCUAGAACCGAGAGUAGAUUUAAGGAUAAGACUCGACGUUUAGGCGCCAAACACAGACACGAAUCGUCGGUGGUCGAGCCGCCGGUCGCCCCUAAUCUGGGCGUUUACGUUAUUAGACCGCCUAACCCUCCGCUGGACGACAUAACAAAUCAGCGUCGUGAGAAAGUCAAAGAGAUGAUGAAGCACGGCUGGGACAACUAUGUGCGUUACGCCUGGGGGAAAAACGAACUGCGACCGAUCUCGAAGAGAGGUCACAGCGCCAGCAUCUUCGGUGCCUCGAACAUGGGCGCGACCAUCGUCGACGGACUCGACACCCUUUACAUCAUGGGUCUUCACGACGAGUUCAAGCAAGGCCGCGACUGGAUUGCCGAGAAUUUGGACUUCGAUAUCGUCAGAUGAUGUCUACCUAAGUGGAGGAGUAUCACGAUGAAAGUUCCGACAUUCAACGACAUGCGUCGAAACCAAU